CGAACGGUCGCUCGAAAAUACAACAAGGAAGUGGACAUUUAUAGGAAAGGGGUAAAUAAUAUUCGGAUAGAGGCGAAUUCGAACUUUUAAAUUGCUCUCAAACCUUAUUUUAAUUAUCGGGGGGUAUAGUCACCUUGGACUUACCCAAAAGCCCGUUGAAUCCAUUUACAUAACCGUGGAUCCAGAUUAGCAAUGAAUACAGACGUGGAAUUUCACAUCAGACAAAAUUAUCCGUGGAACAAGCUACCAGCAAAUGUCAAACAGAGCCUUGGAAAUUCCCAGAGGGAAUACGAGAAACAUGUACUUCUGUACAGCAUCCGUAACCAGUUACGAUUCCGCAAUAACCUAGUGCGGCAUGUGAAAAAGGAUGAACGGAAGUAUUAUGAAGAGCUGCUGAAGUACAGUCGUGAUCACCUGAUGCUGUACCCUUACCACCUGUCUGACAUCAUGGUGAAGGGCCUGAGGGUCACGCCCUUCUCCUACUAUAUCGGCAUCAUGGAGGAUAUCAUGAACUGUGAGAAGAGUUACGACUCCCUGCCCAACUUCACUGCAGCCGACUGUCUUAGGCUCAUGGGAAUUGGUAGGAACCAGUAUAUCGACCUGAUGAACCAGUGCAGGUCCUCCAAAAAAUUCUUCCGCAGGAAAACGGCGCGUGACCUCCUGCCUGCCAAACCCGUGGAGAUUACGGUGGAGCCGUGGUGGGUGGUGCAGACUGGCUACAUCACCGAGGACGAUAUCAGGAUCUGCUCGACGGCUGAGAAGAAGGCCAUAGAUAAGAUGAUUGAUUCGGGUCCCCAGCUUGCUGGCUCGAUGGAGUACAAUGUCGUUCUGAGCCUGUACAACCGUGGCUACAUCUACCUGGAUGUGCCCAUAUCAGAUGACAGCUGUAUAUCAGUGCCCCCACUCGAAGGGUUUGUGAUGAACCGGGUGCAGGGAGAUUAUUUUGAGACUCUUCUCUACAAAAUCUUUGUGUCCAUCGAUGAGCAGACCAACGUCUCCGAGCUUGCCAAUGUUCUUGAGAUUGACUUGGGCCUUGUGAAGAAUGCCGUAUCCAUGUACUGUCGCCUGGGGUUUGCCUUUAAGAAGGGCCAGGUUAUCAGCCCAGAACAGCUUCACCCCUCCUGGAAGAGCGCUCCCUCUGUCAACCGGUUGAAGGGCACCAUGGACCCUCAGAAGAUGCUGCUCUCAUGGGAGGGUGGUAGCCCAGUGAUGGAGGCAGGCUCCUCUGCCACUGACACAGACACCACCAGUCUGGAGGACCAGGACACGGCCAGUGUGAGCAGUCUGAGUAUCCCAGCAGCUCCGACUAAGCGUAUCGCCUUCCUGUUUGACUCCACUCUCACAGCCUUCCUUAUGAUGGGAAACCUAUCUCCGAACCUGAAGAGCCAUGCGGUUACCAUGUUUGAGGUGGGCAAACUCUCUGACGAGACCCUGGACAGUUUCCUGAUGGAGCUGGAGAAGGUUGAGAGCACUGCAGAGGGGGAAGCCCAGCGAUACUUUGAUCAUGCUCUGACCCUCAGGAACACCAUUCUCUUUCUGCGCUACAACAAAGAGCUCACCAGCGAUCAGGGACCUGACGUGCCCAACAUCGGGCUGCCGUUGGACCUGUUGCGCUGUGAGAGUUUGCUGGGUUUGGACCCGGCCACCUGCAGCCGGGUGCUCAACAAGAACUACAGGCUGCUCGUCUCCAUGGCCCCACUUAGCAACGAGAUCCGGCCAAUCAGCAGCUGCACACCACAGCACAUUGGUCCUGCCAUCCCCGAGGUCAGCUCCAUCUGGUUCAAGCUCUAUCUGUACCAUGUGACUGGACAGGGUCCGCCCUCUCUACUGCUGUCAAAGGGUUCCAGGCUCAGGAAACUUCCAGAAAUCUUUCAGGUGUAUGACCGGCUGCUAAUUACUUCCUGGGGUCAUGACCCUGGUGUGGUGCCGACCUCUAAUGUGCUGACGAUGCUCAACGAUGCUCUCACUCACUCGGCCGUUCUCAUCCAGGGUCAUGGCAUGCAUGGCCAUGGAGAGACUGUUCACGUCCCCUUCCCCUUUGAUGAGGAGGAGCUCAAAGGAGAGUUCUCCUACUCCAACAUGGGGGUGCACAAAGCCCUGCAGAGCCUCCGCGAGCACGUGGACCUGGAGCACCAGUGCGGCUACGUCACCAUGCUCAACCACAACAACCGGCACCGCCGCAGGAACAGCGACGUCUCCGACGGACGGGGUGUGUGGUGGAGAGGGGACGAGAUGGGGACAGACAGAGGAGAAUUGGAGAUGGGUGGUGGCUUUGAUGCUAAUGGUAGCACAGAGUCCUUUGAGCUGGUUACUGAAGACAACAAUGGAGACAGGAAGCCAGGCGUUGAAGCAUCAUCAUGUGAGGAUGAGUGGGUGCCUCUGGAACUGUGCUUUGGGAUGCCACUUUUCAGCUCGGAGCUCAACGGUAACAUCUGCCAGAAGAUAGCUGCACAUAAACUCUGCAGCAAGGACAGUCUACAGGAGCUGCUACAUUCCAGCCGUAAGCUGUCUUUGAAAGUGUUAAGCUUCGUCCAGUCAUUCCAGGGUCCAUAGCAGAGAGGAAAUAGACUUGACCUUUGACAAUGACCUCUGUGGUCUUCUGCCUGGCAUGUAUUAGCGAUGCACUUCUGACCGAGAUAAGUUCCAUUUAUUAAUUAUAUAUGCUUCCUGCAUAGCACUCUUUGUAAAGCUUCUAUUUGAAGCUGAAAGAUUGAACAGUUGAUACCUCAAAGGGCUCAGCAACAGAUCAUUAGGCUUUAAAAGUUCUUCUAGGACUCUAAUGAGAAUCCUCAGGACUUUAACUAAAACCAUAGAAGUAAGCCUGCAUGCUAAGGGUUGGGUAGUUACCACUUAUCUAAGGUGUUAAAGCAGAACUCUAUACCAAGAAUAUGUCCAGUACAUAUUUCAUAUUACAUAUGUGCAUUUGACAUUACAGUCUUAUUACUACUCUCAAAUGUGCACUCAGAUAGAUAGAUAGAUAGAUAGAUAGAUAGAUAGAUAGAUAGAUAGAUAGAUACUUUAUUGAUCCCCAAGGGGGUCAUUGGAGAGAUCAGUUGACUCCUGACAUCACUUUGUGACGUGUUGGCG